UGUAAGGAGGGCAAUAUGUACACGCCAACGACACGUGUACAGACAAGAACACGCGCAGGCUUGAGACAAGAUCGAUUAGUGCUAAGGGCCACCAGUCGCCUCACUUUACCUAGAAGCUCGGACCGGUUUGUGCGGAGUGAUACAAUCACCUGCACCUCCGUGGUACUACUUUUCGUCACUGGCGGGCGCGGCCAUAUUGGCUUGACAAACGAAAUCUGUAGUCCAAAAUCGUUUGAAAUCUCACAGUUGCAGAUACCAUCUGACACCAUCACAAUGGCUGAGAGGGAAGAUCAUGUUUACCAGGCUAAAUUAGCCGAACAAGCUGAACGAUACGAUGAGAUGGUAGAAAGUAUGAAGCAGGUGGCAAAUCUUGAUGUCGAGCUUACUGUUGAAGAGCGCAAUCUUUUGUCUGUGGCUUACAAGAAUGUAAUUGGUGCCCGUCGUGCCUCCUGGCGAAUUCUUUCUAGUAUUGAGCAGAAAGAAGAAUCCAAAUGUGAAGAAAAGAGUAAGAUCAUCAGAGAUUACCGAGGACAGGUUGAAUGUGAGCUUCGUUCAAUCUGCAACGACGUUCUAAACAUUCUUGACAAGCAUCUGAUUCCCUCUUCCACCGCAGGAGAAUCUAAAGUAUUUUACUACAAAAUGAAGGGUGACUAUCACAGAUAUCUAGCAGAGUUUGCGACUGGCAGUGAUAGAAAAGAAGCUGCUGAAAACAGUUUAGUGGCCUACAAAGCUGCAAGUGAUAUUGCCAUGACAGAACUGCCACCCACUCAUCCCAUCAGGCUGGGUCUAGCUCUAAACUUCUCUGUAUUUUACUACGAGAUCUUAAACUCUCCUGACCGUGCCUGCCGAUUGGCUAAAGCAGCCUUUGAUGAUGCAAUUGCUGAGCUAGACACCUUAAGUGAAGAAAGCUACAAAGAUUCCACAUUGAUAAUGCAACUUUUGAGGGAUAAUUUAACACUGUGGACAUCUGACAUGCAGGGAGAGGGUGGUGAGGAACAGUCAACCCAACAAGUGCAGGACAUAGAGACAGAGGAUGGCUCCUAAGGACCGGAUAUAUCACUUAGUACUCCAAAAUUAAGAUGUUUGUAAUUUCUUACCAAACUGCUCUAUGUCGAGACUUGGCCCUGAACUGUGUGCAGCCACUGUUGCAUGUCAUUUGCAUUGGUUAUGAUGAUAUCUUUGGCCAUUUACUCCCUUUGCCAUGUGUUUUUGUGUUUUACUUAAUUUUUUUCCCACAAGCUGGCUUAACAUUUGACACCGUCAGAAAGUUUAACCACCUUUUUCUUGUUAGUAGUUGUGUGUUCUAAUGAUCCACUGUCUUCUGAGUUCUCAAGUUUUUAGAAGUUACGAUGGAGGACAUCAGGAAAGUGGCAGCUUCUUCUACCUCCCUUUCCAAUCAUAACCGAUGCUUUUGACGCCUGUAACAUUUGAUCUACAUCUGUGUUUCAAUGGUCACCUAUGUUUUCUUUGUCAUAAUUGCUGUCAGAAGAUGCGACAGCAGGACUGAUUUAUUUAAAACCACCAUGAUACUCUGUGGACCAAGCAAUGAGUCUUUCACAUUAGGCUGCUUUGCAGCUGAGAAGUGAAAUUCACUCAGCUUUCCUGUGACCGAUUUGGAUUUUACUGCAGAGAUUUGCAAAAAGUCUGUAUGCAUAGAGCUGUCAUAAAACAAGCAGGUAUACCUAUUUUAUUUCAAAGGAAUGUAAAGCGUGCUUUUUAUGCUCUUUAGCAAGUCACGAACGAGUAUUCAAGUCACAAAGAAUCUGCAUGUACAGAUUAACAUUUAAUUAUUGAAACCCCAUCCCCAUUUAAGAUUAAUUGGCUGAAUUUUGAGGAUAUUAGUACUGUUAUAGUAAGUUGAACCUUUGCCUCAGGAUUUCACUUUAUGCUAGCAUUUGAAGAUAUCAGUUUAUCAAGAUGAAAGCUGUGGUCUCUUUUGGUGGCCACUAGUGUGUUGCAGGUUUGUGUUUUUUGAUGUCUUGCUGACUGUUCUGUCUGUUGGCUCUUAAAACUUAUGAGCUGCAUUCAUCACUUCUAGUGUUUGCUGCAGCAUUGCUGUCUUUGUGUUGUGAUCACACUUGAAUGUACUUUCUGUCACAUAGCCAUUUCUAGCAAACUAGAUUUAAUCUAGGACAAUGUAACAACUUCAUAAACUCAUGUCAUGCUUUUAACAUAAAUAAAAUUAUAUUCAAGUGCAUCUGUGCUUUGUCUGCUGUUUUGCAUGCUGGUUAGUCAUUGCAUUUGUGCAGUUAACUAUAGCCUGUUGUAGAUGGUAGCAAAUUAUACUGCACUGGAAUUGUCUCAGUAGUACUUGAUACUAAUAGUUCUUAAUGGUGGGAUUAUUCAGGGAAAACAAUUUCAGAUUUGCUUUUGUAGCAUUUUCUUGGGGGAAAGAUGGGAAUGUUUACAUUUGCCCUGCAUGCUGAGACCGUGUCCUGUUAGUGGGAUUGAGUGUGGGUUCAGUGCGAGAUUGGCGAUUCAUCGUGUGCUCCACCCCUCCAAUGUCAUCAGCUAAAAGAACAAAAUAUUUUUAAUCAAUCAUUGGAUACACCAGUGAUCAUUUCUUGUAUUUUCUGCACAACUAGGAGAAAUUAAGAAAGUUGCAAUGGUUAACUUUGUUGCUUUUUCUCUUUUUGUGAGAGAGUCCUAUUGUGGACGGUACAAAUGCGAAAGUAGUUGCUUUUUUGAACAGCAUUGCCAUCAGCCUCAGCUUGUGCAUCUUCAUUGUGAACAGUUGUGCGUGCAGUCAGGGCAGCAGCCAGAAUUUGAAGCUUAUUUAUAUCUGGUUUCGGCAGAUAUACAUUUCUCCCCUCCUCCCCACCUUCAUUCAUGGUUGACAACGUAAUUUGCUUUGUGAAUAAACUUGGUGAUAUAAACGUA